UCGGCAGCGCAGAGACCAGGGUGCUGAGUUCCCGAUACCAGCAGAGUCUGAACCUGAACUACCUUGAAGAGAGAAAGCAACAAAAUAAAAACACCCCACAGAGAGACAUUGGCAGUCUAACCAUGAGCGAGAGGAAAAACACUGGAGCAAAGUACGGAAAAGAGAAGGCAGCGGAUGGCAAAGAUGCGGCCAGAGCUUCAAAGGAGGAUGCUGAGGAGUUUGACAUUGACCUGGAUGCCCCUGAGACAGAGAAGGCUGCUGUCGCUAUACAGAGUCAGUUCAGAAAAUUUCAGAAGAAGAAACAGGAUCCUUCUUAGGAUUUCUGUUGGGUGCUGUGAAGGCAGCACAUGAACAGACAACUCCCUCAAAGCUUUCUUUUGUGGGUGCAUGCAGUAAAAACACUCUGCGGUAUUUGUGUGUAUUGAAUAUACUCCCUGAAAAUGCCUCUGUAAUACUCCCCUUAGUUAUUCCCUUGUAAACCCAUUCACACAUUAAUAAAAUCAGUAGUGUACUCAA